AUGGCGAAGAGGCCUGCGGCCCAGUCUGCAGCCACGAAAACACCCGCUCCUGUCGCCGCCGCCAAACCUCCUGCUGCAACAACACAUACGAUUAAACCCUCAGGUUCCAUCACCUCCAGUCCAGCACCGCCCACAAAGCCUGUACAGGCAAGCACAUUGUCCCCUCGUUCAUCGCCACAAGAGAUCAUAAUCCAUGUCUGGAACAAAUAUCUACAAGACACCCCUUCUCGAACUAUGCUGUUGGAUGUCUUCAUGGCCUGGCUAGUCGUCGUUGGCGGUCUACAGUUCCUCUACUGUGUGCUAGCUGGCAACUACCCCUUUAACGCCUUCCUCUCUGGCUUCUCUGCCGCAGUUGGCCAGUUUGUUCUUACCGCUUCAUUACGAAUGCAAACCUCCGAACGACCACCAGCAGGUGCAUCCACGACAGCGAAAAAGUCGACGACCAAGACAGUCGAAGCUGUGACCGGUGAAUUGGUCGAAGACAAGAAAAUCAGUUCGGAAAGAGCGUUUGCUGAUUUUGUCUUCGGGAGUUUAAUAUUACAUGGAUUCUGUGUUAACUUCAUCAACUAG